UCCACAACAACACACUUAAACCCCACAAAAGCCAACCCCCUGAAGAUGAUGCCCAUAUCUCUCUCUCUCUCUGCUCUGUUGCCCGACGAUACAUACACCUCUACUUACAUUCUCCCCUAUAGAUUCCCGCCAUCUCGAUGGCGACGACGACGCUUCUGAAUCUAUCAUCGAUCUUCUCCUCAAGGCUCGUCACUACUCCCUCCUUUCGUCAGAGGCGACGGAUCAUCCUCGUUACUACGUCUUGUACCGGAGGAGGUGGAGGAGGGAAGCCGACGAUUCUCGUAACGGAGAAGCUCGGUCAAGCGGGGAUUGAUCUGCUUAAAAAGUACGCUAAUGUGGAUUGCUCUUAUGAUCUGAGUCUCGAGGAGAUUUGCACGAAGAUCUCGCUAUGCGAUGCGCUUAUCGUGAGGAGUGGUACUAAAGUUGGUAGAGAUGUGUUUGAGUCUUCUCGCGGGAGGCUUAAGGUUGUUGGACGCGCUGGAGUUGGGAUUGAUAAUGUUGAUUUAGCUGCUGCCACGGAGUAUGGUUGUUUGGUUGUCAAUGCUCCCACUGCUAACACCGUCGCUGCUGCUGAGCACGGUAUUGCUCUUUUGACCGCCAUGGCUAGGAAUGUUGCUCAAGCUGAUGCUUCUAUCAAAGCUGGCAAGUGGACGAGAAACAAGUAUAUAGGUGUUUCACUUGUGGGGAAGACUCUUGCUGUUCUUGGUUUUGGUAAAGUUGGAUCAGAGGUUGCUAGACGAGCCAGGGGACUCGGGAUGCAUGUCAUUACACAUGAUCCUUACGCACCAGCGGAUCGUGCACGUGCCAUUGGUGUGGAGUUAGUUAGCUUUGAAGUAGCUAUUUCAACUGCAGACUUUAUCUCUUUGCAUUUGCCUCUCACUGCUGCUACUUCCAAGCUUCUGAAUGAUGAGACGUUUGCGAGAAUGAAGAAAGGAGUGCGUAUUGUUAAUGUUGCUCGUGGUGGAGUUAUUGACGAGGAAGCUCUUUUGAGAGCCCUUGAUUCCGGUAUUGUUGCUCAGGCAGCUCUUGAUGUUUUCACAGUUGAGCCACCUGUUAAGGAUAACAAGUUGGUGUUACAUGAGAGUGUCACUGCCACGCCUCAUCUUGGUGCCAGUACCAUGGAGGCUCAGGAAGGAGUGGCUAUCGAAGUCGCAGAAGCUGUUAUUGGGGCUUUGAGAGGAGAACUUGCUGCUACCGCGGUCAAUGCACCAAUGGUUCCACUAGAGGUGUUGAGGGAGCUGAAACCGUACGUUGUGCUCGCUGAGAAGCUUGGGAGGCUAGCUGUACAAUUGGUAACUGGUGGAAGCGGUGUGAAUGCUGUGAAAGUGACUUAUGCUUCUUCAAGAGCUCCUGAUGAUCUCGACACUAGACUUCUCCGUGCCAUGGUCAUAAAGGGACUCAUCGAACCCAUUUCCAGCGUAUUCAUAAACCUGGUUAACUCUGAUUAUGUUGCUAAACAACGCGGAGUCAAAAUCUCAGAAGAACGUAUGGUUCUUGACGGCUCACCAGAGAAUCCAAUUGAAUACAUAACUGUUCGGAUCGCAAACGUCGAAUCAAGAUUCGCCAGUGCGUUAUCAGAGUCUGGUGAGAUCAAAGUAGAAGGCAGAGUGAAACAAGGGGUUCCAAGUCUAACUAAAGUGGGGUUAUUUGGUGUGGAUGUGAGUUUAGAAGGGAGUGUGAUUCUGUGCAGACAAGUUGAUCAGCCUGGGAUGAUCGGUAGAGUUGCUAGCAUCUUAGGAGAUGAAAACGUGAAUGUGAGCUUCAUGAGUGUUGGUCGAAUUGCUCCAGGGCAGCAAGCGGUGAUGGCAAUAGGAGUAGAUGAACAACCAACCAAAGAAACUUUGAAGAAAAUCGGAGACAUUUCUGCCAUUGAAGAGUUUGUUUUUCUAAAACUAUAGGCUAAUAAUACUUUACAUGGAUGCACAUAAAACCCCAAAAAGGGUAAUAAUCAAAUUGGAUGAUUCAUUCUGUAUAAUGAUUAUACAAUCGAGUGUAUAUGUAACAAAUUACAUAGUUGAUUAUUUUCCAAAGAGCAUGUCGACGAAGUAAUAUGUUACUA